AUGACCCGCGUCUCCAUCUAUUCGUCGGCCCUCGUGGCCUUUGUAGCCGCAACCGCCAUGACCAUCGCCUCACUCGCGACCCCCAACUGGGUCUCAUACUCGGUCACGACAGCAAAGGGCGAGACGUUUGAGAAGAACAUCGGCCUGCACAAGAGCUGCUCCAACCUCGACUCUCCACGAUGCCGCGACUUUCCUUCGCCCGAGCUGUGCCAAGCCGGCGGGAGUUAUUUUUGCUCCAUGUGGCGCACCGUCGGCUUCAUGGCCUCGUUUGCCACCAUUUUGUGCCUCGCCUGCCUUGUCACCUUCCUCGUCAUUAUGCGCGGCGGCAAAUACAAACGUGAGACGGGCUGGCCCUUUGUCACGGGAAUGCUGUCGCUCGUCGCCAUCGUCGAGCUCGUCAUGAUUUCCCUUGUCGCCUAUCUUUUCGACCACGACGAUCAAUUCAACAUUCCCGGGUGGAACCUCGACUUCUCAUGGUAUCUCAGCACCGUCAGCGCCGUCUUUUGCCUCCUCUCCGCCGUAGGCCUGGCCGUCUCGGCAUACCUGCUGCCGCCGGAGGAGGGCUACGAGUUCUUGGAGGAUCCAGGCGAUGCCUAG